AUGAACUACACAGUACUUCUGACUCUAAUCCUGCAGUUGUUAGUGCCCAUGGUGCUAACUUCAUUCGGUAACUCUUCAACAAAAAUGGGCUUGAUGAAUAACUGCUCCUUCGAACACAACUUAUGCAACAAAACGGGACGCGAUAUUAGUCGAGAACAAAAACUGAAGAAAAUUGUGGAUCGCUAUCCAGUUCUGCACUCCUUUUUCACCGAUGGAACUGUCUUCGAAGCAGGAGAGCCACCUGGUGAUUUCACAAGAGAUGGAGUGAUUAAUCUUGUUCCGUACGAAGAGUACCGAAGUGUAUGUUGGACAGAAGAUGUGACCUAUGUUCCUUCCGAGGUGAAAACUGUCGACUCUGUACGCAAAAUUAUUGUUAACGAUGAUACAAAUAAACAGGUCGUAAAAGUUAAAAUAUGCAGAAAAUCCAGAUACAAAAACCACUGCACGAGUUUGACAGGUUUUGAUUCUUAUCGGGAGGCUAGAUGUGAACAGAGAUGGAGUACUAUUAUACUGUUAGCAAUAGAUGAAGAGACUGAAACUCUUGAGCACGUCCGUGUGAAAAUACCAAGUGCCUGUGUAUGUACCGUCAAGCAUACAGAACAUUAAAUUUUCGUUGACAGCUGUUGACAUUUUAAAAACUCACUGGAGUCGUCGAAACAGUACUGUCACGUGAUAUUUGGUGUAAAAAGAGGUGUUGAUGGAUUUUCAAAAAGUGUAAUUUUUAGUUAUUUGCAGAAAUUGUAUGAGCUAAUGUUUUAAGGAGAACUAAUUGAAAUUGUAA